CUUAAACCGGUUAACGUCAAGAUGGUGAGUCUCGUCGACUACAGCGACCGCGGCGAGGGCGCAUCGGCAGCGCGGCAGUGCGCUACGGGGCGGCGGUUCGUGCGCGCCGCGCUGUCAACCGCCGGUGUCAUUGACAUGCCGGCCUCGAACCGGGCUUCCGUUCAUGCCUGCACUCUGCCCGGCUCCUGGUGCUCUGGUGCUGUGGAAGGUGAAGGCUGGAAGCAGGCAGAUGCGCAAGCACGCCGUGAUGCUCUGUCUUCACCGCCCGCUCUCCCUCUGCGUAAUGCGCCUCCCUCGAGUUGAAUGCGCGGUCCCUGCCACAAAACUUUGAAGUCCACAACUAACUUGCAGUCUUCCGAGCUCUCUGCUGUCUACGCCGCUCUCAUCCGUAAGUUGCCAGCAACGCGACUGCUCCUGCGACCUUCUGAGCCGGCCUCGGAAU